AUGAUGGAAGAAAACAAGACCCUGGUAACAGAAUUUGUUCUUUUGGGAUUUACAGAUCAUCCAAGGCUUCAGGUUGUCCUCUUCAUGGUGUUCUUAGGUGUCUACAUCAUAACCAUGGUGGGAAAUAUUGGACUGAUCAUGCUUAUCUGGAUGAACUCUUAUCUUCACACCCCUAUGUACUUUUUACUUGGUGAUUUAGCUUUAGCUGAUGCUUGUAUUUCAACCACAGUGAGCCCUAAGAUGCUGGUGAGCUUUAUAACCCAAAAUAAAAGGAUAUCUUUAUCUGAAUGCAUGGUACAAUUCAAUUUUUUUUCAUUCAGUGCAACCACAGAAUGUUUAAUUCUAGCUGCAAUGGCAUAUGACAGAUAUGUAGCCAUCUGUAAGCCCUUGCUUUAUCCAGUGGUGAUGACUAAUAGGUUAUGCUGCCAGCUAUCAAUCUUUUCAUAUGUAGCUGGCUUUCUUCAUUCUAUCUUGCAUGUGGGUUUGUUAUUGAGGUUGAGUUUCUGCCACUCCAACAAAGUCCAUCACUUUUUUUGUGAUAUUAUGCCUUUAUAUAAAAUUUCCUGUACUGACCCUUCUAUUAAUAUUCUGAUGGUUUUUCUCUUCUCUGGGUCAAUUCAGGUCUUUACUAUUUUGUCUAUUGUAAUCUCUUAUACUUGUAUCCUCUUUGCCAUUCUGAGAAAGAAAUCUCAAAAGGGAAGAAGCAAAGCCUUCUCUACUUGUGGUGCUCACUUGUUCUCUGUGUCCUUGUUCUUUGGCUCUCUCCUCUUCAUGUAUGUUCGUCCUCGAUCAUUGCAUGCAGAAAAUCAAGAUAUGAUGGAUUCCUUGUUCUACACUAUUGUAAUUCCUAUGCUAAAUCCUUUUAUCUACAGCCUGAGGAACAAGCAAGUUACAGAAGCCCUGAGAACUGCAUUAAAACAAAUAAUAUUUCCUAAGUGA